AGAGCCAAACUGCGGAGUGAACUCGGGACGGACCAAAGUGCGGAGGGGCUGCGCGCCCGCGCAUCUAUCUCCUCAACGCGGCUCCGGGGGAGAAAACAGCGACUUUGGGAUUUUUCGUCGAUUUUAUAUCAUUUUAUUAUUAUUAUUAUUAUUCCCAGCGCUGGGAAGAGCGGGGCCGGGCCGGGCUUUAAGCGGGGCUCCGCGCUGCGCGGACAUUGCGCGGGGGCUGCGCGGGUAACGGGAGCUCUCCGACCUUUCUUUCGCGGAGCGGCCGAGCCGCGGGGCCGCACUGCCGUCCCGAUUUUCAGCACGAAAGAAGCGAUGUAGCGAUUUCCUACGAAGCGAGCGCAGCCCGCAGCCCCGCUCCCACAACUUCUCGCCUCGCCGCCGGCUCCAGUCCAGUUUUUCGGGCGCUCUCCUCCUUCCCAGCGCCGGCCCCAGCCCCGGCCCUCCUCACCCGCAGGUGAGGGCCGCCCAGGCGGGGACGGGGGACGGGGGGGGGGCAGCGCCAGGUACCGGCCCUAUUUGUAGGGCUGCGGGGCUGCGGGGUGCGGGGGCGGCCCGCGGGGUGCGGGCGGUGGGUGCGCGUGUGCGCGGCCCCGAGGGGGGGGCCGGUUGGGGGGGGGGGGGGGGUGGUUUCUCGCACACACACACACACACACGCGCACCCGCAGGAACAGCCCCGCCGCGGCCCCCCCGAGCUCAAACCAUGUUCCAGCCGUCCGCCAAGCGCUGCUUCACCAUCGAGUCCCUGGUGGCCAAGGACACCCCGCUGAGCCCCGAGGAACCCCUGCGGCCCUCGGCCCUCAAUUAUCCCCCCCCCGCCGCUUCCGACGCCUUCCCCGGCGGUUUCCAAGGGGCCGCCGCCGGCCGGGCUCUGUACGGCGGCACCGAGCUCGUUUUCCCCGAAGCCGUGGGGCACCCGGCUCUGCCCGUCGCUCCGCAUCAGCUCGGAGCAUCGCCUCUCCCGCACCCUCACUCCUUCUUCGGACCGCAACAUCGCGACCCGCUCAACUUCUACCCCUGGGUGCUGCGCAACCGCUUCUUCGGGCACCGCUUCCAAGGGAGCGAAGUGUCCCAGGAGAGCCUCCUCCUUCACGGCCCCUUCGCCCGCAAACCCAAACGUAUCCGCACCGCCUUCUCCCCAUCCCAGCUGCUACGGUUGGAAAGGGCCUUCGAGAAGAACCAUUACGUGGUGGGCGCCGAGCGCAAGCAGCUGGCCAGCAGCCUCAGCCUCUCCGAGACCCAGGUGAAAGUGUGGUUCCAGAACCGGCGGACGAAAUACAAACGGCAGAAGCUGGAGGAGGAAGGGCCGGACUCGGAGCAGAAGAAGAAAGGUUCCCAUCACAUCAACCGAUGGCGCCUCGCCACCAAGCAGUCGAGCGGAGAAGACAUCGACGUCACCUCCAACGACUAAGGCAGGGACAGGCUCCUGGUGCAGCCGCCAUGCAGAGGAACCCGGGGGACGACGCGGGGACGCGCGCGGCAUCACCCAACGAACUCUAAGGGACGUCACCGCCGCCGCCGCUGCCCCACCGGGACCCAUCCGUCCCCCCCGCCGCCCGGAGCCCGGCGCAGCCCUCGGGGCGCGUUUUGGGGCUCUCCCGUUGAGCCUGGGAGGAAGAGGAGGCUGCCGGGACCCCGGGACACGACCGCGCACCCUCCUCCGCGUGGGGACCGCCCGUCAGCCGUGAGGUCGCAUCCAACGUCCUACCUUCGAGCUCAAUGUUUCCAACCCUUUUUCUUUCUUUUCUUUUUUUUUUUUUUUUUUGCCUUCUCCCCUCCUCCUUUCUCUGUCUCUCCCUCUCUCUCUCUCUUUUUUUUUAACAAGCCUUUGUUUUAAUUUAUUCUUUUUUUUUUUUUUUUUUUGUGCCCAUGUGUGCGUGCGUUCCCCGUCAUAGGUAGUCCGCAGCUGUAGUGUGUGUUACUGCGUGGUAAUAAAAAGCAAAAUGUGCUCAAA